AUGAUUAAGGUUAUUCAAACUUAUAUGAUAGGGAGGAUCAUUUAUGUUUUAUCUCUAUUAUUAACUAAUCUCAUCUUAGCGUCAUCUUCUAAUGUUACAAAGUCUUAUGGUAAUAUUUCUGAGGAAAUAGAUAGUUUAAGGAGAUUUUGGGAUUUUGCUGGAAUUGACUAUACAACCUUUGAGGCUCCAACAACUGAUAAAAUAUUAGAUAAAAUAAAGAAGAUAAGUAACCAAGAAGAUAAAAUAGAUAGUUUAUAUAGUAUACAAUCACCAGACCAAUCUAGUUCAUUAAAAAUGGAAGUUUUUCUUGAUAAGGAUCAAUUAAUACAUGAGAUAUAUCCUGAACAAAAGAAAAUCAAUGACUCUAGGAUAUUAAAUAAUAAGAAUAUAAAAGAUGAUUUUUCUGAUGAUAAUAGGAAUAAUAUAGUAGGUGAAAUUAGAAAAAAGUUUACACCUAAAGACAAGAAAUUGGAAUAUUUAUCAUCAACUCCUGAUAUACCAAUAAAAGAGUUGAAGUUAAUAUCAGAUUCUGCAUUAUGGGAUAGAACUUCAGAUAAAUUUCCAUCUAUUUUGCAGCAAUGUAUAGAAGUAGAUUUAGACUAUAGUUUAAAAAAUAAAGAAAUUUUAGGAUUACUUGUGAUUGAUUCAAAAUAUCUAUGUAGAUUGGCAUAUCAAUGGGUAAGAAAAUUACCAAUUUAUUUUGAAAGAAUGAAACAUAUUAAUGAGAUAAAGAGAAAUAAUAGAAAAAGUGAUAAAACUUAUUUUUUAAGAAAAUGGUUUGAUAUAUUAAAAGAAUCAAAAGUAAUUAAAGUAUAUACUGAUAAAUUUAAAAGUAAUAUUAAGCUUAUAAGGUAUUUAGAUUCAUAUAGAGAUUCAUUAUCUAACUAUAGUGGAGAUAUAGAUAUUGGAAGUUAUAUAUAUGCUUAUAAUAUAGUCUUAUGUCAAAUAUUUUCAGAAUUAUCUUAUUAUAUUUCAUUAUUUGCAUUAUUUCCUAUGUUUAUAGAGCAUAAGAAGAUUAAAGUACUUGGUAAUCCUUUAAUAGACAAUUUAGAUAAUAUGAAUGAUAAUAUUGAAAAUUCUAAAACAUCAAUUUCAAUACGAUUAAAAGAGAAGAUUUUUAAGACAAUUUCUACAUGUGGCUCAGUUAUUGUUAAUUUAACAUCAUAUGGUAUUUCAAAUGCUCCAAAUGAUAUAGUUGCUUUAUAUAAUCAGUUAAAACAGAUUGUAGCAACACUUAUUAAUAUUUCAGAACUUGAAACUGAAGAUGAUAAAGGUGAAUUAUUGAGUAUUACUACUGAUAAAGUACCUUUUAAUGAGAAUUAUGAACAAUAUUUUGUAUCUAAUACAAUUGGAUUUAGUACUAACAAGAUUUCUGGAGUCUUUAACUCUAUUAAUAGGACAAAAGAAACUUUAUAUGGUUCUAAUUCAAGUUUUACUAAUAAAUUGGAAGAUAGUGAUAAAUAUUCACUAGAUAGAAAGAAGAUAAAUGAUAUGGUAAUUAAAAUUGAAAAUAAUGAUCCAUUAUUUAAUAUUACCUGUCCUUUAAUACAACAAAAACUUCCUAAAGGUAUUAAAGUUACAAGAUAUAGGCCAGAUGGAUUACCUAGCAUAAUUAUUUAUAAAAAUCAAGUGAUUCAUGAAAUUAGUACUAUUCAAUUUAAAGGUGACAAAUUAGAAAUGAAUUUUAAAGAUAUGGCUUCAUCAUUAACUCAGAAAGUUACUAAUUGGUUUUCAAAUAUAAUAGAUAAUGAUCAAAUAGUAAUAAAGUAUCUGCAACAUUUUAAUAAAAUAAAUAUAGAAUUUCAGAUAGGACUUAUUUGUGUUUAUACUAUAGAACAAAAUUUAGGAUCUGAAUCAUCUCUUGGAGAUAUUUAUGGGUCAUUAGUCUUAUUUGGUCGUUUACCUGAUUUUCAAACAAAAGUAAGAGACUGGUCAAUAAUAUCUCAGAUUGGUAAUUUCUCAAGUGAUACUAAAGAUGUUGCCUCAUAUAUAAAUAUUUUGAAUCCCUUCUUAUUGGAUGGAACAAAUUCCAUGUGUCCAUUACAACGACGUUUUCUAUUGCUAGAUGAAUUGAAAUAUUCUGAAAAAGUUUCUAUUAAUAAAGUCAAUUCAGUGAAUAGCAAUAAAUCUAUACUUGUAGAUUGUCUAAAUUAUGUACCUAAAGAUACCAAGGUUGCUUUUAUUCCUGCAAAUAGAGAUAAUAUAGAUUCCUAUAGAAGUUCCGCAAUAGCUACAUGCAUUGGCCCAAAUUUUACUCUUAAAUAUAAUUAA